AUGUCCGACCCGAAAAGAAGGUGUGUACAGACAAGCAGGGAUCCUGAAGUAUGGAUGCAAUGGUUCAACGAAAUAUCAAGUGGGGAGGAAAGCCCACUCGAUGAGGAAGACUCGGAUGAAAAAGAAGAGGAUGUGUGUGUGGAAAGUGACCAUCAUGAGACAGAGUCUGAACAAGAAAUACCGGAGGUAGAUCAAGAUGAGCCUGAUUGGGAAGAAGAAACCGAUGAAGGAGAAGCUGAUACAUUUUACUGGGGAAAAGACAAAGUUACGAAGUGGAAGAAGGGUAGAUCCAACACUCAAGUGCGUACUCGGUCUCAGAACAUAAUAAAAUUGUUGCCCGGAACAAAAGGUAGUGCGCGAAAUGCCAGGAGUGAAACUGAUUGCCUAAAACUAUUUAUAAAUGACACGGUGAUAAGAAUUAUAACUAUUUCUACCAACAUAUAUAUCAUGAAAGUCAAAAAUUCGCAUACAUCUGUAUAUACUGAUCCGUCUAGUGGCAGUGAUGAUGAUACAAGCACCACAAACACAGAUACAGAUGUCUCGCUUAGUGAGAUUCAAGAUAUAGCGGCAUUACAAGAAGAAGAUAAGAGAACACGAAGACUACCAGAUCGUUUUGGGUUUGGUAACAUGUGUACUACUAAUUCUUGUUCAGAAGCCGAACAAAUAGAUUUUUAUGAAGCACUGAAUGGACCAGAAGCUGAUCAGUGGAGAGAGGCCAUACAAGAGGAACUUCGGUCAUUCGAGGACAACAAUGCAUGGGAUAUUGUUGAUAUACCAAGUGAUGCAUCAAUAUUGUUAGACUGGAACUUAAAAAAAUAA